GAAUGAAGGCCAACUUGGUCUCCCCUGGGCAGCUCUUGGACAAGGGAGGAAAGCAGCAAACCGAGGAAGGUGUUACUCGCAUCAUUGCGUCAGGAGGUCAAGUGGCUGCAAUGGCACGAUACCGCCAUCGCCUUCACUGCCUUGACCUGAAACCGGGGCCAGCAAGGAACGGUGCAACGGCUACAGCGGCAUGCAACGGCACGGCGGCUGCAGCGGCAUGCACCGAUAUGGCGGGUGGAGCGGCGAGCAACGGCACAGGGGCUGCAUCGGCAUGCAACGGCACGGCGGCUGCAACGGGAAUCAACGGCACGGCAAAGGAGAUUGCUGAUGUGGCGUCAAGCAAGCCGGAAGCUAAAGAUGGAGCGGCCAGCCUCAAGACGUACGCGGUGGGCUCCAAGGCAACGCCCAACCUGUGGCACGCUAGCCUUGGACACGUCCACUUCGAUGCGGUGAAGCGGACAGCCACGAGCGGUGGCGUGUUCGGUAUGGACCUGGAGAAAGGAGGUGAGGAUAUGCCGUGCACUUCCUGCCAUGAAGCCAAACUCACUCGUGAAUCAUUUCCGCUGCACGACGAGCGAGAGGAGCAGCAGAAUCCGCCGCCACCACGUACCGUCAUCGUGGUCCCGGUACCGUCUGUGCAAGGGGGCGAGAAACCCCUUGAUCGCUCGGUGGGCCCUUUGGGCAGCAAGGCACAUACUGCUCCUCCUCCUCUUGGUCCACCCUCCGUUGCUGAUUCGGCGCCCGUAGGACCAGAGGAUGGUCCUCUGGAGGUUAACACCAGCAUGGCUGAUCACGAGGAGGAAGAAGAAGUAGCAGUGGAUGAGCAGUCACCAAUGGCCCAUGAGCAUGAGCCUUCACCUGCAGUUCCCCCCUUCCAGCCCAUUCCACCACCCCCACGUCGCUCUAGCAGGCCUAACAAGGGGGUGCCACCCGUACGGUUUCAGCCAUCAGCCAUGACGGCCCUGGAUACGGAUGAUGAGGACAACCCGUACGACGUGGCAUACCUUGCUGAGGACGAGUGCGACACGGACAGCGAUGACGAAGUGGAGUACCCGGACGAGGAUGAGGAGGAGGAAGGCUCUUGGGGAGGCUAG